GCACGCGACCACGUGGCUGUUCUUUCACUCCGGUCGCGCGACUUGUUAGUCACUCUCACGAUUCCCGCCGUUUCGGACUUUAUUACAUUUCGCGGUCUCUAAUUUGUACAAAAAACGAAAAUAAAAAUAAAUUUUUUCACAAGUUCUCCAGUUAACAGAACUACAAGGGAAUUGCAACAAAUUGCAACUGAAGAUAAGCAUCAGAAGAUGAGCAUCGGAAGAUGACCAGAAGAUACUGAGAUAUAAAAAGAAGAAGAUUGAUCAUAGUAAACAAUAGAAUAAACAAAAAGUAACAAUUUGGGAUCACGGGUUUAUUUAAAUAAAACUUAUGGACUUGUGUUUUUUCCACUGGCGAGAAGAAAAUAGUGAUUAGAACGUAAAAAGUGAAGAAGAAGGCUCGGAGCCUUCCAAGGCGUCCAGGAUUCGAGGAUGCCACCUCAUCCUCAACGUGGAUGUACGCGCUCUUCGACGAGGAAGGGUUAUUACCAAUUAGUGGGGAUGUUGUCGGAAAUCCCGAGGCCGCUAAAGACAGGAGGGCCAGCGUAAGCCCUCGGAUUUAUCAUCAGCUUCAACACCAUCAGAGUCAUCGGGAUCAUCAAAAUCGUCAGAAUCAACAUCAAAGAGAUUUGCAAACAGAUAAUAUUUUUACAUAUCAAUACCCAAAAACAGAAAUGGUCGCACAAGAAAUGUCCCCUUGUUACUCCCAGCUUCUUCAUCAAUCUCAUCAACCACAGGAAUACAUAUCAUUGGAUGAACUUGGACCUCGACUUGAUCAAGAGCACCCCAAUCAAAAUCAUCAAGAUGAACAAGAUCGAAAUCAGAUUUCUGCUCGCACGACCUUUGCAGAUGAACUUUAUCAACAUCAAAAUUAUCAACAACCGAGUUACUACAAUUUUACGACUGUCCAAGAAAAUUCGUCUUCAACAAUAUAUUUUGGUGGCAUCGGAUCGCAGGUGGGGGAAUUGGGUGAGUCGGCAGGGGGUGACGAGGGUGUUGGACCAACCUCAACCCCCGGCCAAGGAAGUCACUCAAACAAAAACAAUAAUACGAUUUCGAGAGAAAAUACAAUCGGAACCUCCACCGUCAUAACUACCCUUCCUCAAAAUUCUGCAGGGUCUGAACCCCCCCAGCGUAUAGAAACAAACCCCUCCACAAUGGUCACCGACCAAUCACUCUCUUCCGGUCACUUCUAUCAUCACCAGCAUGAUCAUCAUCGUCCUAAUUCCGGAAGUCAACCAAUCCAUGGAUCCAACAACGGUCUCAGUCAGAAUUCUAAGAAAAGAAAAGCUUCUUCCUCAGAUGAAAACGAUGUUCUUCACGACACAGCAGAUGAUGCCAAAUCUUUUCGUACAAAUGAUGGCAGCAAAAAACAAAAUCACAGCGAAGUUGAAAAACGAAGAAGAGAUAAAAUGAACACAUAUAUAACUGAACUUUCGGGGAUGAUUCCGAUGUGUCACGCAAUGUCGCGGAAGUUAGAUAAAUUAACGGUGCUGAGGAUGGCUGUUCAGCAUCUGAAAACAAUUUUGGGUGCAGUAACUUCAUAUACAGAAGGACAUUACAAACCAGCAUUUUUGAGUGACCAAGAGCUGAAGACCCUCAUUCUUCAAGCGGCCGAAGGUUUUGUUUUCGUCGUGGGUUGCGACCGAGGAAGAAUUCUUUAUGUAUCCAAAUCAGUUUUACAGACUCUCAAUUAUUCGCAGGGAGAUCUUUUGGGGCAAAGCUGGUUCGACAUUGUCCAUCCGAAGGAUGUUGCUAAAGUCAAGGAGCAGCUUUCAUCGUCUGAUCUCAGCCCACGAGAACGUCUAAUCGAUGCCAAAACAAUGCUUCCAGUAAAAACGGAUGUUCCUCAGGGUGUUUCACGAUUAGGUCCAGGAGCCAGGAGAUCCUUUUUAUGUAGAAUGAAACGAAAAUUCGACGCUAACACUCAUGAUGGGGAUUCGCAAAUCAAAGAAGAAGCCGACACAACCACUUGUUCCCAAAAGCGAAAAAAGCAACAAAAUCUCGAUUGGAAGUAUUGUGUGAUCCAGUGCACCGGAUAUUUGAAAUCUUGGGCACCAACGAAAAUUAGUUUAGAAGAGCAGGAAGGUGAAGGCGAUGAAGCCUGCAAUCUUUCUUGUUUAGUAGCAGUAGGUAGAAUACAAUCAUCAUUAUCAAUGUCAAUUUCAACGUCAAGUAAACCAAAGCUUCGGCGCAUGGAAUUUGUUUCUCGUCAUGCGAUGGAUGGAAAAUUUAUCUUCGUUGAUCAGAGAGUCACGUUAUUGUUAGGAUAUUUACCUCAGGAACUUCUAGGAACAAGUAUGUACGAGUAUUACAACCCCGAAGACAUUCCUUUUCUCGCCAAAUCUCAUAAAGCGGUUCUUCAUUCCCAGGAACGAAUAACCACAAAGGUUUACAGGUUUAGAAGUAAUGAGGCCAGUUUCGUUAGGCUCCAAUCAGAAUGGAAAGCCUUCAAAAAUCCCUGGACCAAAGAAAUUGAGUACAUCAUAGCUAAAAAUUCAGCUGUUUAUUACAACACGCGGCAAGUUGAAAGCAGUACACCUAAAUCUGAAGGAUCAAGUGUUCAAGGAAAUUAUGACUACUUCACACAAAGCAAUGGGGGAUUGGAGAGACUGAUUUCUAGUCACGUGGAAGUAAGUAAAAUUGGCAGACAAAUAGCAGAGGAGGCUCUGGAUAUCCAAAGACGAGGCGAAGAAUCCUCUUCUGGCAGCAGUGCUCCUGAAAAAAUGUUCUUGGCUCAGAUAAGAACAAACGCAUCUCUAGAAGAAGUUCGCGAGCUUUCUCAACCUAGACUGGAAAGUGAUUGCAACAAUUCUGCUUCAAGCUACAAUCAUAUCAGGAACAACGUGCAAUUAAGCAGUGCAGAUAAAGAUCAAAGAGUUGCCCGAAAUGAUGAGGUGAUGGAAAUAAUUGGCAACACCGUGAUGAGCGAAUCUCCAAAUCCAAUCCCAACAGAUGAAAAUGAUGAAGCCGCAAUGGCAGUUAUCAUGAGUCUCUUGGAAGCUGAUGCUGGUUUAGGAGGUCCUGUCGAUUUUUCCGGCUUGCCUUGGCCCUUGCCAUAACCACAGCGAUUUCGAAUAAUGUAAUGUUUGUGCAAGAAAUCUCAUUACAAUCCUCCGAACGUUUUUCUCAGUGAGAUAAUUUGCAGAAUUCAUUUCUACUAACGAAAUUUAGAAAAGUAGAGGAAACAAACAUAAAAUUCUGUGAAUUUCGAAGAUACUUCUGUAAAGGACCAAAAUAUCAAAUUUUUAAAUGUAUAGAUCCAGCGCCGAAUUAACAUUUUUCGGGGCCUGAGGCUAAACCUCGAAGGGGCCCUCUUAAGGGCAGAGAAAAUCCCAAUUUUAUUGUAAACUUUAUGAAUUUUCUGGGGUCAGGGGCCUCUCGGUCCCCUGGGGUCUGGGGCGCUAGCCCCACCAUGCCCCUUGGUAAAUUUGGCGCUGUAUAGAUCUAAAAUUAUGUAAGAUACUAUGUCAUGUGUUUGUAGGGAUCGUCCAUAAACUACUUUACCAAUUACCGGCUAUUUUCCCGGGCAUUUUAGACAAAAUUAAUAUAAAUGCCAUAUGGCUCGAAUAUGUAAAGCAAUAUUUCUAAGAUUUUAUUUCAAAAUGUGUAUAUGGCAUUUUCAAAAAAUAGUUCAAUUUUGAAUCAAAAAGCUAUUUAUUAAAAGACACAAAAUGUCAAUCCAAAAUGACGUAUUUUCAAUGAUGAAAAAAUUAUUUUGAAGCAAACUGUUGCAUUGAUAAAAAAGUUUGACUUUUAACAAAAUAGUUAAUUUUCAAUACGAGAAGACGAUU